AUGAAUACAGCUGAAACCAUGCAGACUUCCCCACAGUUGGUGACUGGAUCACUGUGGUUUGACUCGGAGGGAACCGAAGACGAGUACGCGCACUCCAAAAACAAGCUGAUGACUUUUUUCAAACCGCAGAAGAACCAGGAGUAUCUUGGGAAUCUGGAUAUUUUGCCGACCAAUCUGGCUGCCAACUCUGAGCCUAAGAGACAGAGCCUUAGGAUUGAGAAGAGCACCAAAUUUAUGGCUCGCCUGAAAAAUGGUCUUAAUAAGAUCAACCAGAGGAAUUCCUCCGAGCCCGAGACUUGCUUUAUCAGCACACCUUUUGGUUUCAGUCAUGUGGCUCACAUCGACCAGGAGACGACGUUUGGUUUGGAAAGUGCGUUUCCUCAGAACCAUACUGCUGAAGAGUUGGAGCAGCUCAGACUGCAGCAGAAAAUAGACGAAAAACAGGUUGGAUAUUCGUCUUUCAGAACGACUCCAACGGGAUAUUCCAGCUCGAGAAGACACACUGCCACCAGCUCACUUGGUGCCCACAACCGUUCUGCCUCUGCAGCAGCGCCCACGAGAACGUCGUCGACGUCGUCGAACUCGCUCUUCACCAGAUCGGCCUCUAACUCGACACUUUCGUCUGCUGUUUCCAAUGACAAGGCCAAAUAUCACCAGAGACAGUCAUCCAGACUACCCUCUGUCACGGACGAGGUGGAGUACCAGCCGACCCACAAAAGCGAGGCCAGUCUGAAAAGUCUGAGGGAACUUGAGAAAAAGCAGGUGCGCAUGGCGUGUUCCAAAACUCACGCACAAUCCGCCUCAUUGUCUCUGGAUGAUGCUUCAACUUUCCAAUUUCCUCCAAAGACAUUAUCUGCCACUCCCAAGUCGCAGGUCUCUUCGUUCGGAGCACCUAGCGAGCUCAUGCACACUCCAAGUCUGCCAGGUCCACCUACGGAAACGAUCCCCUGGAAUUCUCCAGACUCAAACUUUUUUGUGAGACAAUCAUGGAUCUACGAGAACAUUCACUCUCCAGCAAAACUCAAAACUUUCAACGACUCUACAACGACUCUAGACCCAGCUUCAUACACUCAAUCCACUCUCAACGGUGUGGACGAGGACGCGUCCCAAUUGAUGUCACUCAAUGCCGGAAAAUUCUCCAAAACAAACAGGGAGUCUAUAAGAAAAUCUUAUGCCACUGGUGACGAUGUAGUUACCGCAUUCAGAGGACUUGGUCUGGAUACCAAGGAGCUGAAAAUGAGGCAGAGCAUGCUUCUUCCAGGGCUGGAAGCAUGUUAG